GCCCUCAACAUUUUGUUAAGAAUUUAAACGUCGACUUCCAUACUCAGUCCCAACUCAAAAUCCAGAGUCGUUCUCCACCCCCAAUUCCCAAACACCAACCCACUCUUCUCGACUCUCUGUGUCUUGCCAAACAAAAUAAAGGAGAGGGAUGUAACAAAGCGUCGCUCUCGCUCCCAAAUUCCCACCCUAAAUCCCUAAUUUUUUUGGUCCUUUGUUUUCACUAUCAUUUGGCGCUGUCUCUCUAUCGGUCUUCUCUCUCCCAAGCGUCACUCUCCCCUUUGCCAUCGUCGUCGCCGUCCAUCCAUAGAAUUGGUAUCCCAUAGGAGAUGGGUAGAGAUAGCAUAUCAAAGUUUUGAUGCUUUUGUUUCCUACAAGGGAAGAACCAUAGACCUACUAGACAUAAAGACAGCAUUUGAGCUUCAUGAAGAAGACGUUAAUUGCUGGGCCAUUUGGAGGUGGGACUGGGAAUUUAUGGGAUCAUGGAGCUCAUACCACAGUUAGACAAUUGAUUAUAAGAUCUGGAAUGAUUGUUGACUGCAUAACUGUAGAGUAUGAUGAGAAUGGGUGCUCUUUGUGGUCUGAGGCAAAUGGCCAUUUUGGUGGAAGUGCCCAUGAGAUAAAACUAGAUUAUCCGGAUGAGUAUCUGACCUCUAUCUCAGGUCACUAUAAUGUAUACACAGGUCAUAUUUUUAUCUCUUCAUUAUAUGUAAAAAGCAAUAAAAGAGCAUUUGGACCAUUUGGCACUAAAGGAGGCAACUAUUUUUUGGUUCCAUCUACUGCUGGCAAGAUUGUUGGGUUCUUUGGGAGUGUUGGUCCUUACCUUAAAUCAAUUGGAGUACAUGUGGAGCCAAUUCAUCCUUUCAAAUCUAUUGGUCCAUUCGGAGGCAACACUGGAAUUUCUUGGGACGAUGGGGUGUACACUACUAUAAGGCGAAUAAUUGUGGCAUCUGAAUCAAUAAUCAACUCCAUUCUUAUUGAGUACGACAAAGAUGGGAGCUUAGUAUCAUCUUCUAGGCAUGGAGGAAACAAUGGAGGCAACACAAAUGUGGUUGAACUAGAUUACCCAGAUGAGUAUGUGACUUCAAUAUCAGGAUACCAUGGUGCAAACUCUUCUCCUAUUGUGGUUCAGUCACUUAAUGUCCAUACUAACAGACGAGUUUAUGGACCUUUUGGUGUAGAAAAAGGAAAGUACUUUUCUUUCCCUCCAACUGAGGGAAAAAUUAUUGGUUUUCAUGGCAAGUGUGGUGCCCAUCUAUAUUCAAUAGGUGGACAUUUAGAGCCUACCUCAGAUCUGUAUAUGGUGAAAACUGUUGGUCCAUUUGGUGCAGGAAAUGCUUUAUCAUGGGAUGAUGAAAUUCAUUCUGCCAUAAAGCAAAUAAGAAUAGUGCAUGGAAAUUUUGUUAGUUCCAUCUCUACUGAAUACUACAAUGAUGGUGGUUCACUAGUGUGGUCCACUCUCCAUGGUGGAGAUUAUGAAUCCAAAAUUGAUACGAUCAAACUUGAUUUCCCAGAUGAGUUUCUAACUUCAGUUACUGGUUACUAUGACUCUGUUAAUGAAAUGAACGAUUACGCAUUUACAUCACUAACAUUUCAAAGCAACCGAAGAACUUAUGGACCAUUUGGUCAACAAUUUGGUACGUAUAUCUGCUUUCCAUCAUUUGAUGGCAAGAUUUUAGGAUUCCAUGGAAGAUCCAGUGGCUAUCUCUAUGCAAUUGGGGCACAUGUGGAGCCAAUCUCAUAUCCAAAACCAUCUGAAUUCAUUGGGCCAUUUGGAGGUCAAGGUGGUGACCCAUGGGAUGAUGGAAUGCAUACUACAAUUAGGCAAUUGGUAAUUUCUUGUGGAUCUAUGGUCAACUAUGUUUGCAUUGAUUAUGACAAGAAUGGACACUCUUUAUGGUCUUCAAAGCAUGGGCAGAGCGUUGGAGACAAGACAUACUCGAUCAAACUUGAUUACCCAGAAGAGUUCCUCAUUUCACUUUCAGGCUCAUACAGUACAAAUGCUAGUUCCACCAUAAUUCAAUCACUUUCAUUCCAAAGCAACAAAAAAACAUAUGGACCCUUUGGUAGUGGGAAAGGAAACCAUGAAUUCUCGCUUUCAUCUAUAGCAUAUGGAAAAAUAAUAGGAUUUCAUGGAACAUGUGGUGAUUAUCUUCACUCUAUUGGAGUGUAUUUAAAGCCAAUUCCAAUGUCAUAUCAGUACCAAACUUGUGAACAAUGUGGAGGACAAGGACAGCAUUGGGACGAUGGAAUUCACACUACAAUAAGGCAAUUGAUCAUAGGAGCUGGAUCCAUAGUUGAUUCCUUGCAUGUUGAGUAUGAUAAGCAUGGUCGCUCUCUAUGGUCUCAAAAGCGUGGUAGUAGCAAUGGAGGCAGUAAAUACAUGGUCAAACUUGACUACCCUGGUGAGUACUUGGUUUCAAUCUCAGGAUAUUAUGGCUCAUUUACUAAUAAUAAAUAUAUAUGUUCUCUUACAAUUCAAAGCAAUAGAAGAACAUAUGGACCUUUUGGUACUAUGAGAGGAAUCCCUUUCUCAACACCAUCUUUGCAUGGCAAGAUCAUUGGAUUUCAUGGUUCGGCUUAUGGCUAUCUCACUUCAAUAGGAGUACACGUCAAAGCAAUCUCACCAGUUGUUCUUGGCCCGUUUGGAGGCCAAGGUGGAGAUGCAUGGGAUGAUCAAUUUUACAGCACAAUAAGACAGAUACAACUAACAAUUUGUGAAUUUGGAAUUGAAUCUGUCCGUUUUGAGUAUGAUAAAAAUGGACAACCUGUAUCGUCUCCAAAACAUGGAUCAAAAGCUCAAGGCAUGUUGAAAAAGGUCAUAUUGGAUUAUCCAGGUGAGUUUCUGAUUUCGGUUUCAGGAACCUACGGCAAGGAAUAUGGUUUAGAGAUUGUGCAGUCUCUUACAUUUCAAAGCAACAGAAAAACCUAUGGACCAUUUGGCUUAAACAAGGGAAAUCACUUUUCACUGGCAUCGGCUGGUGACAAGGUCACUGGGUUCCAUGGAAGGUGUGGUUACUAUCUUGAUGCAAUUGGAGUGCAUAUAGAGCCUAUCUACCAUUUAUAAUUCUCAAUUACAAUAGCUAUUUUGGCAGAGCCGCAAACUUUCUUUUUUCUCUUGUUCUAUUCUUCCUUUCCAUAGGCGACUUACUCGUUUCACUGCCUCUGUCUGGCUGUCCCCUACCCUAUCCAGGUAGGGGAUGGCAAUCGUCCUUGCUCGAAAGUGGGUUUCCUUCCCUCCACCUCUGGAUAAGAUUGUAAAUGGUAGGAUCUUUUGUUGAUUGGGUUGCUAGUUGUGCUUUCCACUAGAGAGGGAGCCCGGAGAUAGACGUUCUCUGUGGUGUUGUGACUGCAUGCAGGGGGUCUCUCGAUUUGGAGCAACUGUGGUGAUAGCUAUGCUGUCUAUGUUGUGUUUGCGGUGACUCUGCUCUAGGGGUUUGAUUUUAUGGGUAUGGUACCCUAGGAACACCUAUACUUGCUGAAAGUCCUAGUUUCUAAAUGGACAUAGAAUGCCUAAGGGCUCUGCCAUAUUGCCCCCGUGAGAUGUUUUGGCCUCUUAUUCAACUGUUGAAUCUCUACGUUUUUUAUGCUAACUGGAGAUGCUUUUUGGCCUCAUCUGAGCUCCAGUUUGUGAGAAAUCAAUUGCUUUGAGGCCUUCCUGCGUUCCA